AUGGCGCCCAUGAAGAAGCCGCAGAGCUCGUACCUGAUCUUCUGCAAUGAGCGGCGCAAGCAGGUGAUGGACGAAAAUCCAGGCGCACGUGUCGGCGAUAUUCAGAAGAUUAUCAGUGCGCAGUGGAAGGAGCUCAAGCCUGAGGAGAAGGACGUGUACGUCGAGCUAGCAGCCAAGGACAAGGCGCGCUAUGCGCAGGAGCUGCUGGAUAAUCCACAGGUCAACGAGGAGCCCAAGGCUGAGGAGAAGACGGCGCGAGGCUCCCAUGCCUGUAUCUACCCACUGGGACGAGUGCGAAAGAUCGUACAGAGCGAUCCGGAUGUCGGCAAAGUCUCAAAAGACGCGCUCGUUGCGAUCACGAAGGCUUCGGAGCUAUUCGCGCAGUUUCUAGGCACCAAGAGCUACGAGCAGGCGUUGUACCGCAACAAGCGGCAGAUCAAGGCGUCGGACGUGACGCGCACAAUUCAGACAACUGCAUCGCUGGAUUGGCUACGUUCAGGGGGAGGAAAUGAAGACCUUGCCUGA